CUUGCAGAAUAAGGGCACAUUGUUUACCAAAGGGAGAAUAUGGAGGUGUUUUGUUCUAUUUUUUUGUUUCUUCUCUUUGUCAGGCUUUGUUUGGGGUCUUUGCCUUGUGUAACUGGCUGCUCAUGUGCAAAUGAUACAUUUGGAAGGAGCUUACUGUGCAUGUCCUCGUCUCUCAAAAAAAUACCUAGUGACAUUCCUCCAGACAUUCGCAAAAUUAGGAUAGAAAAUUGCCACCUCACAGAAUUAUCUAGAGGAUCAUUUGGCAGCGUUCACACAUUGCAUUAUCUAUGGCUAAAUUUUAACAACAUUACGGUGAUGCAGAUGAAAAGCUUAGAAGAUGUGAAAAGUCUAACAGAGCUGAGACUUCAAGGAAACAAGCUGAGAUCAAUACCAUGGACAGCAUUUCAAGACACCCCUAACUUGAAAAUCUUAGAUCUGAAACAUAACAGGUUAGAUGUCCUUCCAGAACAUGCAUUAAAAUUUCUGGCUAACCUAACCUACUUAGAUUUGUCUUUCAAUCAACUUACUGUCAUAUCUAAAGAUGUAUUUGCAAACUGGCCUCUGUACCAAAAAGCACACCGGUCAGACCGAAGAGAGGAUGUCCUUUCCAAUGCAGUCCUGGCCUUGCAUGAAAAUCCUUGGACGUGCGACUGUAGGCUAAAAGGGUUUGUCCAAUUUGUCAAGGCAGUUAGUCCACCAAUUAUACUGAUGAAUUCCUACUUGACCUGCAUUAGCCCAAAUUCUAAAGCAGGCAAAUUCUUUCAUGAAAUAGACCUAAAAAGCUGCUUGAAGCCGCUAGUUUCCACCCCACUUUCUAACUUAACUAUACAAGUAGGAUUGAAUGCCACAUUGAGUUGUUUUGUAAAAGCAAGCCCAAUGCCUUCAAUAUGGUGGACAUAUGGACUAAAGGUUGUUAAAGCAUUCAAUGUAUCAACAACAACUAUCAAUGAGGAAACUAUCAAGUCGGAACUAAUUAUCCCAGCAGUACAUGUUACAGAUGCAGGGAUAUACAAAUGUAUAGCCACAAACUUCUUAGGUAAUUCUUCCGCAUCAAUACUUCUAAAUGUCCAGUCUAACAAAUUGGGAAAUGCUUCCCCAUCACUUUCCUACUCUCUGCCACCAUCAUCAUCGUCUUCUCAAGAGCAUGUUUUCAUAGAUUUGAGAAUUUCCAAGCAAACAGCAUAUGGAAUUUCUUUAGAAUGGUUUGCAGUGACAGAGAAUCCAGGAGAAACAUGGUAUACUAUUUAUUUUGGCAAAUAUGAGGACACACAAAAGGAAGUGAUUAAUAUUGGUCCUGGUAUUUACUCCUACUCAGUAAAUGAUUUGCUGCCUAUUACAAAAUAUGAAGUAUGUGUCACCUUAAAAAGCCAGCUACCCAAGAAAGGACAAUGCAUUGUUUUUAUGACAGGUAGUGAUAUAAGUGAGCUGGAACAAAGAGAGAAACUCAUCCAUAUCAUUGUGAUUGUCUGUGCCAUGGUAUUAGCUGUACCUGCAGGGAUGUAUGCAUGUACCACAGAAACAAGGUUUAACUGCCUAGAUAAAUGUUUGGGCCUUUGCCGAAGAAAGCAUAAGGCCCAAAAAACCUUAAAGAAGGAUAAUACCAAAGAGAGUACAUUUGAUAGCUUGCAGGCAAGCAGCGAAGAGGGAUUAUGCCAACGUGAAGGCAAUGAAGAGAAUCGUAGAAGAAGAUGUUCCGAAGAAAAGCUCAAUAAACCAAAACCUGAAAACAGAAACACUGCUGACCUAUAUUAAUUCUGGUGUUUCUGAUGUUUUAUUGCUAUGUGAUCACUCAUUGAAUCUGAAUGUGUAUAUGUACUCAAAAAUAAGUUGGAUGUAUGAACAUUUCAAGUGUAUAUUACUGUAACCUGUUGAAUUAUGUGACUUGUAAUGUUUUCAUGGCUGAAAGUCUAGCUCUAUGAACACUACAGUAAAACACAGCUAAAAGGGAUCUUUACAUCUACUUUGUACAAUCUUUAUGUCUAAAUGUGUCACAUGCCCCUGCUUGUGUUACAAGAAGGAUUAUAACAUCAGGAUAAAGAGAUAAAAAGAGGAGCAUUUAUCAGGGUAGCAUCAUAUCUUAUACUCCAUUUUACAGGGAUGCCACGAUAAAAAAAAACUCCAUAAAAAUGUGAACAGCAGGUUGGCUACUCUGAAAUAUGCCCUGCUUAACCUGGCAAUGUGGUGACCUGUAUUAAUCUUAUUAAUAGCCAUAGUGUUGCAAUAAACCUACUUGCUGACCCUAUUGAAAAAGAGGAGAGACCUUAGUACAGAUGGUGCUAGAGUAGAUGGUCCUACUCUACACCACCAUUUCCCACUCCUCUUCCAGUUGCACUUGGCACAUGCUAGAAGGCUAAUGCUUGGUUGUUUUGCCUCAUUAUUUAUUAUGCAUACACCCUGCUUGUCAUGAUUUAACACAUGGCUUGUGGGUGAACCCAUGGUGCAGAUUUUUGAGUUGCUCUGUGGUUGUACAUUGUGUAAAAUUGUAUCCAGUUUUCUUGAAAAUGGUGUAACUCCUUGAAGGGACACUCGCUCAACAUGUGCAUGCAUAAACCUUUGGGUGGCUGCCUGCACCUUCCAGUGUGGAUGCAACAGCACUCAGUGGGGACCCUUUCUUUCAAAAAUAAGCGUUUCCUCAUACAGGCUGUGGGCUCUGUUAACCUUCACCUCUGGUGGGGAAACAACAUCUUUACAGUGAGGUACCCUUUAAACCAUAGGGCUAAUAUUUAAUAGCUAAUGUAUUGUAAAGUAGUAGGUAGGGAACACUCAGGGCAUAUUUGAUAAUGUGUGAAUCUUCAUAUUUGGAGUAUUUUUAUCAAAAAUGAAAAUUCCCCACCAUGUCACCAGUUAAUUGAAAGGAGAGUAAAACAAGUUUUGUUAAAUUAAAUUCACAAUUUACAGUUGUACAGAGAAUUUGCACCAAAAGAAAAUUCACCACAUUUCUAUUGCAUCAGUUUACUUAAAGUUUUUUUUUGUAAAUAUGAUAUGUAUUGUGAAAAUACAACUAACAAACUGAGGUGAACAUGGGCGAUGUUAGACAAGGAGAAAUGUCAUACUUUACUAAAUAUUCCCAUUUUUCUUUAAUGAUCAAAAUCGAAGAGUUUAUGUUUAUAGAUAGGUCAGAAUAGGUUUGUGUGUGCUGGGUUUACUUGGAAGGGUUGAACUUGAUGGACUUUGGUCUUUUUUCAACCCUAUGCAACUAUGUCACUUAAAUUAUUAGAUUCUGAUGAGCCACAUGAGCACAGUAGAAACGUUUGUAUAAAAAAAUAAUGGAUUAUCAUUCUGUGAAGCUUUUUUUAAAUGUAUUUUUAUUAUAUCUGUAAAUAUUUUGUUACAAACAAAUAAAUAGCGAUAAUGCAUCUUA